AUGUGCAGCCAAACGCGUUCCCAAUUUCCAUUGUCGACGCUAAACCCUACAUCGUCAAUUUCCGGCCCCUCGCGUAGAGCUACUCGGAAAGCUGUCUUCCGAAUUUUCUGUGAUGAUGACAUCGAGGAAGCCGCCCCCUCCGUCGACCCUUCCAACCUCAGAGCACACAAGUCAGGCACCGUUUCACACCCCGUCGUGAAUAACAAGGAGAACCAGGUCCCAGAACUGGACAACAGGACCAUCGCAGCCCCGCGUCAAACCAAUCGAUCCUAUACCCGCUCACGCGUCCUAGGCGACAAAACCGCCUCAGCUUCAGCUCGCGUGAACUGCGUCGAGAAAUGGGACUCCAAAAUACCCUUUGCCCCUUGCGGUUCAUCCCUGGGAAAAUCUACGCUGCUUCACCCUAUCAAGACCGAACUAUCUAAGCCACGUACAACCCCACAUUCCCGGUCCGUCAAGGGAACCAAGAACCAAUCCAAAACCGCCGCAUCUCACACCCAACCGACGAAACGCCUCAGCUCCCACAUCUACUGCCCAGAAAGUGAGAAUGCCAGCCAGCCAACCACUCUCCCACAGGCCAUCGACGAUGGCUUAGAUGAACUGGUCUCCAAGCUUGAAGCUCUUCAAGCCAAUGACGAAAAUUCUGCCCUCGAAAUACUCGACCCCCUCCCGCCAAACGCUGCCUGUCCCGGAGCGCCGAAAAUGCCGAGCGCGUUCACCAUGCCAGUAUUCGUCGCAGACGAGGGCCAUUGCGACGAUGAGCAGACAGCCGAGUUCAAGCUCACCAAUUCACUCCAGAUGUCUCCUUUGGCCGAGGUCACCGAGGCUUUCACCGGAUUACAGGGUGGCUGGAGCCCGCCUCUUGAAACCUCUAGCCCCGUUUUCAACUCCCAUUUUUUUGAGAACAUCUCAAUCAGACCCGACCAAGCUUGA